AGAAAGGUUCUAAUCAUGGACUAAAAAAAAUAAAAAAUACGUAACGUGAUACUUCGUGUGUAUAUGACACUAUGAGAUGUAUAACCUUUUGUCUGCAUCUGUGCUGAUCAAUAUAUGUCCACUUUAAAUCCUUGAUUCACCAACUAAGAGAUCAACAAUGUGUCAUGUGCUGCUCCGAAGCUCAGCAGUUUUUCCGGAAAUAACUCAACUUUCUUGUUGUUCUCCUUCUUGAAAGUUCAACAGAUGAUCCGGUUAUAAUGGCAUUCGGUAAGAACAACGUGUCCUGUUCCUGUUUCGGGGAUUAUUGUGUUUAACAGAUGGCUUUGUAAAGAUCCCUGUGCUCAUGAGAUGGAGGAGGCGUACACAGAGCUGUACAGGGAGUUCCUCCAACUGCGCUUGCUGUGUCUGAAGCAGGCUGCUUUACUCAAGAAACUCACAGAGAAACUGAGGACACAGCAAGGAGGAGCCCCUGUUCCUGAUGGAGACCCCAGCGUAAUGGCAUCAAUCCCAAUCCAGUGCACCCAGAAGAGCUCCGGUGCUCUCCCUGCAUGGCCAGAAACCUUAAUGGUCCCAACACACAACCCUGCUGCACACUAUGGCAUUAUAAGGCCAUCUGGGGCCAUGGGGUCACUCACUAAUCUACUGGCUGGGGAUUUGGGCAGACUACGGCUAGACUUCGCUCAUCCACGGACAGAAAGGAAGGAGGUCCUCAAAGCCACCCUCCUAGGACCUCUGGACCUACCUGGGGGUAAUGGAGAGAUGGCACCCUCCAGUGUCUCUGGGGACCCGAAGCAAGCAGGUCGAUUUUGGGGUGAUGAUAUGACCCGACAAAUGUUCAGGAUGCCCUCGGCAUGUGGCUCCUUCCUGGACAGUGAGUUUCUGAGCGAGACCGGGGGGAUGAUGCUGAUGUCAGAGGUGGCGCUGCAGUCUCAUGUGUGUGACUUCUGUAAUGCUGUAUUCCCCGGCCACACCACCACCAGGGGAGACUUCAUGUGCCACCUCCACACACACAUCACCUAGAACAUUAUUUCCCAACCAGGGGUACUUGGCUUAUCCACAGGGGGUACCUGAGAAGACCGAUGAGACCAUAGGCUUACUGAUAAAGUGCACAUGAGGGGGUAAUUCAGGGGUACUCCAGGCAGAGCAAAAAACUGUUUGUGUUACAGUAACCGAAAAUGGUUGGGAACCACUGACGUAGAACUCUGCUUCCCUGCACCACCUCCAUCACACACACAUCACCUAGAACACUAGUUCCCUGCACCAACUCCACACACACACAUCACCUAGAACACUAGUUCCCUGCACCAACUCCACACACACACAUCACCUAGAACACUAGUUCCCUGCACCACCUCCAUCACACACACAUCACCUAGAACACUAGUUCCCUGCACCAACUCCACACACAUCAUCUAGAACACUGGUUCCCCCAUAACAUCUCCACACACACAUAAUCUAGAACCCUAUUCCCCAUAACAUUGUUUCUGCAUCAGCUAGAGUAGCUGUUUCCCCAUAAUGUUGUUUCUGCAUCACUUAGAGUAGUGGUUUUCCCAUAAUAUUGUUUCUGCAUCACCUAGAGUAGUGGUUUCACCAUAAUAUUGUUUCUGCAUCACCUAGAGUAGUGGUUUCCCCAUAAUAUUGUUUCUGCAAUCACUAGAGGUAGUGGUUUCCCCAUAAUAUUGUUUCUGCAUCACCUAGAGUAGUGGUUUCACCAUAAUAUUGUUUCUGCAUCACCUAGAGUAGUGGUUUCCCCAUAAUGUUGCUUCUGCAUCACCUAGAGUAGUGGUUUCCCCUUAAAGUUGUUUCUGCAUUGUGACCUACCUGCCACCUCCACACACAUCACCUAGACCAUUUAUGAGAUUUGUUUGUUUUCCCCAAGAAAUGUGUUAUUGAUUUCAAUGAAAAAGGUUCUUACAACGUAUAUGUAUUGAUUAAACAGUCUGUUUUCUAUGAAACAGAAGUGUACAUAUACCGCUUAUGAAGUACCACUGUUUUCUUAUAGCACUAGAGGGCAGUAACAACAUACGGUAGGCUACAUCAUGGGAUUUGUCUCAGUUAUCUCGUUAUUACUGGUACUGUUUUAUUACUAGUAAUAAUAAAAUGACAUACAGUCAUUUAUAAACAGCUACACAAUCCAUUAUAAUGUUACACAUAAUAUAUGUAUAAAUAUAGAAAUAUACUUGUAUAUUUAUCCUAUCGUUGCUUUCGAAGGAAAACCUCGUAACUUCGUAACCAUUCAUUUUUUUCGUUGUGCAUUGACAUUUUUACAUGCAUCAACUCUAGGGCCAAGAAAAUGUAUUCAAAAUAGCUUCUGAAGUUUCUUAAUUGUMUGUUUGUUAAUGGUAAAGUAUGGCUGUUUUCUAUAUUGGAGAUAAGAGGUUUCAUCCAACACAGACACUAUGUAGGUAAAAUUUCUGUCAUGAUUCUCUGUUGAAUGUAGAGCUGAAUUGAUUAAUACAUUAGGCCAAUUAUCUUCAAAUAAUACUUUUGAUAUUGUCUCUUUGUGUAUUUAUGUAGUUUUUGUAAUUGUUAUGUAAAUUCUAGUUUGAAAA